AUGUCGAAAUUAAAUCGUUUGGAUCUUACAGACGAUAUUCGAGAAAAGGAAUUACCACCUGUUCCAAGUUCUGUCAGUCAAACUUUAGAUCAACCGUUAAUGGAAACCAAAAGUUUGAGAAGAAAGAACUUUAAGAAACUUUCUUUGGACGCCUCCCCAGUCAAAUCCAAAGAGAAUCUAAUCUCCAACGAUACAAUGGAUAUCAGAGAACCAACAUCAUUACGACAAAAGAGGCAACGUCCAGCUCCAAUUCUCAAUUUAUCCAAUUCAUCUUCAUCAGUUUCAAAUACCCCUGCACAAAUACCCACAUCAUCUACAUCAUCAUUGGCAUUUUCUCAACAAUCACCUGGAUCAGGUGCAAUUGUCAGUCAAACUUUGAGUCGACCUACAAGUGCUGGUGGAAAAGCUGGUCCUGGAUCAUCCUCCACUUCACCUUUUAAUAUCAAUAGAAGUAAUAGAAAUGUUGACCCGGACAAUGAGGCAUCCACCGAUUUAAUAUUAAAUCAGAUAUCAAACUUGGAUUUAUCAAAUAUGAAUCAUCACCAACAACGUCUCCAUCAGAACAAUCAUCACCAUUUACCGAGUCGUAAGAGACAAACUGUUAUAUCUUCCAUAUCACCAACCAAAUCCACUUCAUCAUCCCCGUUAGAGCCGAAACCACAACUAGUAACAGAUGCACAAUCUCCUAUAGCAACAACCAGUUCAUUGAAAUUGAAUAGUAAAGAUUUGUUGACUUUAAAGCAAUUGGGAUCUGGUAACUCUGGUUCGGUGUCCAAGAUCUUGCAUAUACCCACUCAAAAAACAAUGGCUAAAAAAAUUAUUCAUAUUGACCUGAAAAGUGUUAUCCAAACCCAAAUUAUUCGUGAGUUAAGAAUACUACAUGAAUGCCACUCACCGUAUAUUAUUGAAUUUUACGGGGCAUGUUUAAACAAUAAUAACACUAUUGUUAUUUGUAUGGAGUACUGUAAUUGUGGUUCUUUGGAUAAGAUCUUGCCGCUUUGCGACAAUAAACAAUUUCCAACUUUUGUCUUAAAGAAACUUUCUUUUGCUAUAUUAUCUGGUUUGACAUAUUUGUAUACUACACAUAAGAUUAUUCAUCGUGAUAUUAAGCCAAAUAAUGUUUUAAUGACACAUAGGGGUGAUUUCAAGUUGUGUGAUUUUGGUGUUUCUCGUGAAUUAACGAAUUCUCUUGCAAUGGCAGAUACUUUUGUUGGUACUUCAAUGUAUAUGUCCCCAGAAAGAAUUCAAGGUAUGGAUUAUGGUGUGAAGUCAGACGUUUGGUCUACUGGCUUGAUGUUAAUAGAAUUGGCCAGUGGCCUUCCAGUAUGGACAGAUGAUGAUGAUGAUGAGGAGGAGGGUAAUGGCCAAUCCAAUGGAAUCAACGAUAUGAAUUCAUAUAAUGGCCCUGAAGGUAUUUUGGAUUUAUUACAACGAAUUGUCAAUGAAGAUGCGCCAACAUUAACAAACAAGAUCAAUAAUGUUACCAAACAACCUUAUGAUAAGAAAUUAUGUGAGUUUAUUGAUGCAUGCUUAAUCAAGGAUGAUGCUCUGAGAAAAACUCCAUGGCAGUUAUUGGAUGACAAAGACGGGUUCUUGAAAGGAGUUGAAGAAGGUAUAUAUGACAAAGAACAUAAACACUGGGCUAAGAAAAUUAGAAAACUUAAAAAUUUAUAA